GCCAGCUUUUCAUGCAUUAUUACAUUACAUUACCUAUGCAGAGAAUGCGGAUAUUCCCACAAAUAAAUAUCCAUAAACACACAUUUCUUGUGUUGCAACCAUUUCUCCUCCUAUAAUUCUCGUGAUUCCUUUUUCUCCUUUUUCUGUUAAAAGAAUUGCCACUGAUUUUCGAAGGCAUGUAAAGCAGCUUUGCUGGUUGUGAUUUCCUCAAUGGAUAAAGCGGCUGCAGUUGAUAUCCCAGUAGCGCUGGGGAAUACUACGCCUGAGGUUGUUGGCAUCAUCAGGAGCUCAACUGGCACUGGCAACUUCAGCGUUCAAAAUAGAAAGACGAAGCCUAUCCCGAAUUACCUCAGAGUCAGAGCGUUGACAGGUUCUUGCCAUGAUUUCUGCAAAUAUGGCAUGAGACGACAUGAUGUUGAAACAAAAAGCGAGAUGUAUAGACCUGCUAAAACUGCAAAGAGUACAUUGCACAAGGAGAAAUUAGUGAAAAAAGACACGGAAAAGAAAGUUCCCACGAAUACCAACUCAGUAUCAGUGUCUGCAAAACAUCCCGGUGAUAAGAAAUUGAAGCUUCUGAGAACACAAACACCAGGAUCAACAAAUAGACAAAAUGAAGGAAAUAAGACGAGCAACUCCAAAUUAAGCCGGAAAACCAGAGUGCCUCCUACUUCUUCCUCUUCUAAGGUGCCAAGUUUAAAGUCCAGGAACAUUAAUAUCCCCAAAAAGGUUAUUAAAUUGGAAAACAAGAAAUCAGAGAAGAAAACAACCGAUUAUGAAAAUGUUCCCGAGAAGACAUUGUAUGUCAUUGAUGAAAGCCUUAGUGAUAACCAGAAAACAGAUUCAAGGGCAGAAGAGAGCAGGAGGAUGAGAAAUGGACACUUGGACGGAUCCCUGAGGAAGCUCGAGUUCAAGGAAAGAGAACUGCUUGAGAUACCAUCUGAGAGUAAAAAUUGCAGGGUACUCAAAUUUAGGCAAGCAAAAACACUUAACGAGAUCCCAAAUGAUGAAGCUAAAUGCAAAGAGAAAGACUUGAGGAAACUAGUUUCUGAUGGCUCCAAUGGCUGCUCAAUUGGUACAGAUGAUAAAUUUAGCUGUGUGGUUCUUCGACCCCAGGCUGUAGGCAAAAAAAAUACUUCUCCAGGCUUGUACAAUAGUUUGAUUAAAGAGACUGCAAGUAAACUUGUUCAGAAGAGGAAGAGUAGAGUGAAGGCAUUGGUGGGUGCUUUUGAAACUGUAAUUACCCUCCAGGAAAAAAGUUCGUGUGUCAAGGCAUAGUUAUAUGCUGUUGUACUUGACAUUAAAAAUGUGAAUCAUAUUAUGAUAAUAAAAGAGAGUUCUCAAGUUAAUCAUCUUA